AUGGAAUCUGGCAACAAGUGGCCGAUCAAUGCCAUUGCUCCCCUAGAAGAUAUUGAAGAUGUAUAUGACUGCACUGCCCUCCAGGAAGCAAUGAUAGCCCUCACUUUCAAAGACCCGAGAGCAUACACCAUCGAACACGAAUAUCGCCUUCCACGGGAGAUUGACCACCAUAAGCUGAAGGAGGUCUGGAUUACGACGGCCCAAGCGAACCCGAUUUUGAGGACUCGGAUGAUUCCAACUAGUCAGCGCGGCUGUGUGCAGGCAGUAGUGCGAGGAUCCAUUCCAUGGCAGGUGCAGGACACCGACGACAGCAUAAAUGGUGAGAUCACCAGCCCUUCCUGGCAAGCAGGAGGUCCGCUGGCGUAUUUCUUCUUCAAUGUCACCGAACAUAAGCUGAAAGUGACAAUCCAUCAUUCCAUCUGCGACCACUGGUCUAUGGCAUUGUUAUUGCGCCAAGCCGACGCAGCCUACAGAGGCGAGGAACUGUCUUCCCACCCCUUUCGGCCUCUAGUGGAUCAUGUACAGCGGACCAAAGACAAAGCCAAUGAUUUCUGGGAAUCCAUGUUCCGUGAUGCUCACAAAGGCACGAUGGGCGUGUUUCCCCAACUACCCAUAGUGGGCCAUGCUUCCAGGCCAACCGAGCGGCUAGAGAGAUCCUUUAGCAUCCAAUCUGGCAAUGGUUCCUCAAGCACUGUCGGCACCAAGAUUCGGUUGGCGUGGGCAAUCCUGCAAUCGGUCUAUACUGGUUCUGACGACACAUUAUUUGGAGCAGUCAACGCGGGCCGUGCAGUGUCCGUUGCGGGAAUUGAGGACCUGAGCGGUCCUGCACUCGCUAGUGUACCGGUGCGCAUCAAGCUGUGCGGGCAGAAUACCGUUGCAGAUGCCUUGAUUGCAGUACAGGACGAAUGGGCAGCAUCUAUGGAGUUCGAACAUGUUGGAUUGCAAAAUCUGCUUCGCCUUGGACCUGGUCCAGCCGCAGCGUGUAAUUUCCGGACCCUGAUCUCGGUCGAGCCUCGAGAUGGCCAUCAACUUCCCGAAAUGUUCUCCCAAAGUCGAUCGACCCAAGUGACGUACGAUAUGUAUCCUUUGGUCCUACGAUGUCGUCCCUCGACCAUGACAAUGUGGAUUGAGGCUUCUUUUGACCCGGCAGCAACCGAUGUCUGUCAAAUGGAGCGGAUUCUCUCCCAAUUCAGCCAUAUUUACGGGCAGAUCGAUACUCAACCGGGCCUCACACUUUCCAAUAUCAAUGCCGUGAGCCCCGAAGACUUGAGCGAUCUCCGCAGCCAGAACAUCUUGACAAAGCGCCCUGAUGUCGUGUCGUGUGUUCAUUCUCUAAUUGAAAGUCGCACGCGGCAACAGCCUCUUGCCCCCGCCAUCAAUAGCUGGGACGGCAGCUAUUCAUACCUAGCCCUCGAUGAGUUGUCUUCAGCAUUGGCUGACCGUCUUUGCUGGCAUGGUGUUGGCCCUGGGGCAUUUGUACCACUUCUCUUGGGAAAGACCAAGUGGAUGGCUGUCGCCAUGCUUGCUGUCAUGAAAGCUGGUGCUGCCAUAUGUGUGAAGCUGUUGAAGCCCCCCCUGGUGUUGACUUGCGGCUGGCAUAUUGAUCUGGCGGCCCAGCUGGGGAUCCAGGCGUUGCUUAACGUGGAUACAUUUGACUCAGAGCAGCUGAAUUGCAUUAAUUCAUCCCAAAAGCCCUCGGUCAGCCCACAGGAUCCCGUCUAUCUGACAUUUACCUCUGGAUCCACGGGAACCCCCAAAGGAGUAAUUAUUCAUCACGAGGGCUUUGCUUCAAGUUCUAUGGCCCAUGGCAAGCUAUACCACUUCACACCGCAGUCGCGUGUACUACAAUUUGCCUCUCCAGCAUUUGAUUCUUGCAUUAUCGAAUUUCUCAUGAACGUUGCGUGCCUGACGCCCAGUGUCACCCGGAUCAUGAGCCCUGACAGUGUUCAGUCGUUAAAGGUUUUGAUGUUUGUCGGAGAAGCAGUUCUGGCUAGCGACGUUGUCCGCUGGGAGCCCUUUGUACACGUUGGAAAUGCGUACGGCCCCGCGGAGUGCUCAGCAGUGUUCAGUGGGGGAUUUGGAUGGGUCGUUCAUCCAAAGGAUCAUCGGGUGCUCAUGCCGCUGGGAUGCACCGGAGAACUAUUGAUAGAAGGACCAGUCGUUGGCAAGGGUUAUCUAUCGAAUCCCGAGCAGACGGCCCGGGUGUUCGUUGAAGCACCUCCCUGGCGCCUGGAAUUUGGCUCCCCUCAAUCUGGAAAACUAUACAAAAGCGGAGAUUUGGUGCAAGCUACCGGUGAUGGCAGUUUCCGAUACUUCGGACGGAAGGAUACUCAGGUCAAGCUACACGGACAGCGUCUAGAACUGGCGGACAUUGAGUACCAUCUUCACAAAGCAUUCCCGAAAGCCCGCCAGACCCUUGCAGACGUUCUCCGGUCCUCUGCCCCAAACAGUAUCAAUGAUCAUCGACCAGACGCUUUACUGGUAGCGUUUAUAUGUCUCCCUGCGUCUCCAAGUGACGAUGGCAAUCAUCAAGCCGAGUUUCUCCCUCCAAGCGACGAGUUCUGUGAAGCAUGUGCUGUGGCAGAGACCAUCAUGUCGGAUGUUCUACCAUCUUUCAUGAUUCCACGGUUUUACCUACCCAUAUCCCAUGUACCUCUGACGCCAUCUGGGAAGACCAAUCGACGUUCCAUCCAGGAGCAGGCCAAUAAGCUGUCCUUGGAGCAGAUGAAGGCAUAUCGAGCCGUGAAAAUGCAUCCGGAGGUGCCAUCAACUUCUCGCGAGGAAAAGCUUCAACAUAUCUGGGCCAAGGCACUAAAUCGAACUGUUGAAGAAAUCGGCACUACGGAAAGCUUCUUUCGUCUGGGAGGGGAUUCCGUUAGCGCGAUGCAAGUCGCUGCAGGAUGUCGCACCGUCGGAUUGAAAGUAGCUGUUGCCGAUAUCUUCCAGUUUCCAAGCAUCAGGCAACUGGCGGAAAGGAUCCAAGAUUCAGGGUCCGUCUCUUUUGCCUCGGUCGGGGAGGAUGAACAAACGGAGGUGUGGUUUGAACUUUCCCCGAUCCAGAAGCUCUUCUUUGAGCGAGUGCCAAAUGGUCACAACAAGUUUACUCUCGAGUUCAUUCUUCGGCUCGGUAAACCACUUCCACCUCCUAAGAUUAAACGAGCAAUUGAGAAGAUCGUCACGACUCAUUCAAUGCUCCGUGCCCGUUUUGAACGACGAGCCGAUGGUCAAUGGGGACAGAUUAUUAGCCCUGAUGUGUCUAGAAGCCUUCGAUAUAGAGAGCAUCGGGUGCCCUCUAUAAAUGACCGUAAAGCUUUGCAGAAGAUUUUGUCAAUCAGCCAGAGCACGCUUGAUAUCGUCCAGGGAGUGAUGAUCAUUGUUGACGUUAUCGCUACAGACACUGGGGAGCAGUUCUUGGUGUUGAUGGCCCAUCAUCUUGUGAUUGACCUAGUGUCAUGGCGCAUCCUGCUGCAGGACCUGGAAGAUAUCCUCAGCACGGGCCGUACGAUACAACCUCUCUCCAUGUCAUUCCAGCAAUGGUCCCGGCUCCAACAAAGCUAUGCCAGCGUAUCUCUUAAUCCCCGUGAAACCCUGAAGACAGAAAUUCCACGUCCCUCAAUGGACUACUGGGGCUCGGAAGUUGUCUUGAGUGCGAAUACUUGGGCGGAUGCAACGCGACGAACCAUCACAGUAUCGCAGGAAACAACAGAGGCGAUAAUCGGUGCUGCAAAUGGCGCAUUUCACACCCAGCCAGUGGAAAUCAUUCAGGCAGCCGUUCUUUACGCCUUUGUUCAGGCCUUUGACAAUCGACCUGCACCCACCAUGUUUACCGAAGGGCAUGGGAGAGAACCCUGGGACUCAGAAAUUGAUAUAUCCCGUACAGUUGGGUGGUUCACCACUAUUGCCCCUGUGUAUUUGGAUGUUAAGAAAGAGAACAACGUCAGGAGGGUCUUGCAGCUCACAAAAGACGGUCGCCGGAGCAUAUCCACUAACGGGUGGGCAUACUUUGCGUCCCGAUUUCUCCACCCUGAGGGACCGGAAGUAUUCCAAAAUCAUUUCCCAAUGGAGAUUCUUUUCAACUACACCGGUCUUUUCCAACAAUUAGAAAGACCUGGUGCCUUUCUUCAGAUGACAUCGGUCCAAGAUGAUUCCCUUCUCCCCAUGGCAGCUGAUUUGCCGCGCAUGGCUCUCAUUGAUGUGAACGCAACCGUCAUGAACGGCUCUCUCAACUUGUCCUUUAUUUAUAAUCAACGAUUACAGCACCAGGAACGACUAGAGCAAUGGAUCAACAAUUGCCUACAAACCCUUGAGGAACUCCCCAUGGAUCUGCAGCAGGAACAGCGACUCGCUGCUGUCGAUUUUCCGCUGCUAUCACUUGCAAGCGAGGAGCACCUUCACAGCCUACUCCAUCAGGUCUCAGGUCGAUUCGAUGUGUCUCCGUCUGGAAUCGAGGAUAUGUUUCCUUGCUCGCCUAUUCAACUAGGCAUGUGGUUGAGCCAAUUAAGAAACCCUCAAGUAUACUGGUCGCAUAUCCGGUGGUCUCUGUACCCGACGUCAGCCAACUCCUCAAUCGAUAUCACCGAGGUGAAGCAAGCAUGGCAGCAGGUUGUUGACCGUCAACCCAUCUUGCGCACUGUCUUCACUGAUGGUGUCAAAGGGCACGGUCAUCCUGUCCAAGUAGUUCUAAGAACUACCGAGGCAGACAUCAAGGUGGUGUCGGGAUCCGAAUUGCGUGCGGAGGGCCAAGUUCCGUCUCUUUCGGACGAGUUCCUGUUGAAUCCAAAAUCGCCAAACACAAAGGGUCGCCCACCUCAUCAGCUUACCAUCGCAAUUGAGCCUCAUGGUGGAGCUUACUGCCAGCUGGCUAUCCACCACAUCCUUGUUGACGGUAUCACGGAGCAAAGAUUACUGUCAGAAUUCCACCAAGCAUGCAAUGGGACACUAGACGCCGAGCCUGCGGACUGCUAUAGCAAUUAUCUGGCUUAUCUGCACACUCGGGACUCCAAGGCCUCGGAGUCCUAUUGGAAGCAGUACUUGACUGAUGUUCACCCUUGUGUUUUUCCAUCUCUUGGAUUGAAAGAGCAUAGGACUGCAUCACGCUCCCUAAAAUCGUUGCCAUUCUCAAUGGAUCAUGGACAAGAUCUCUACUCAUUCUGCCAGAAUCAUGGCAUCACCAUUUCCAGUUUGCUACAAGUCGCUUGGGGUAUUGUUCUUCGUGUAUACACAUCAAGCGAGUCUGUAUGCUUCGGGUAUUUGAAUGCUUGCCGGGAUAUUCCAGUGCAAGAUGCGCACAAUAUCUCUGGUCCUUUGAUCAAUCUUUUGAUUUGUCGCCUAUCUUUGGCUGAUGAAUCAUCGGUCUUGUCAACGCUUGCCGAAAAUCAUGCGGCCUACGCCCAAAGCCUUGAUCACCAACAUUGCUCUUUGGCAGAGGUCAUGCAUUCUUUGAAUCAUUCGGGUCAACCUUUGUUCAACACCGCGAUGUCGUUACAAAAGGACGCCGGCAGUCUGUUUUCUGAUCAGUCUGAAAGGAUUAAAUUACAACCAGAAGAUGGGAUUGACUCAACUGAGUAUGACUUGACUAUCAAUAUCACUGCGCGUGAAAAGACCAUCGAUUGUGAUUUGACAUACUGGACGCACGCUGUGGCUGAAGCUCAGGCUGAAUUGGUGGCCGACACCUUUUUUCACAUCGUUCUGCAACUUAUUGAUCCUGAAAUCGUCAAUCUAAGCGACAUAAACCUGUCAAUGGGGAAGAAUGAGGAUCAGAUGCUUAGUUUCAAUUACAACCUGCCGCAAUCUGUACGAUCUUGUAUUCACACUGACAUAGAACGAAUGGCGACGGCGCAACCCACAUCCCCUGCAGUCGAUUCUUGGGAUGGUCGGAUCACAUAUGAGACCCUCGACCUUAUCUCAUCGCUACUGGCUAAAGAGCUGGCCCGGCUUGGUGUUGGUCCCGAGGUAUUUGUGCCAGUAUGCCGUGAAAGAUCCCAAUGGACAGUUGUCGCCAUAAUCGCCAUUUUGAAAGCAGGUGGAGCAUUCAUCUUGCUUGACCCAUCGCAUCCAGCAGAGAGACUGCAAGAGAUGGUGCAACUAGACUUCCAGUGUCCAGUUAUCAUCACUUCAUCGAGGUACCUUGGACUUGCAGCCAGUCUAGCGCCGAACCCCAUCAUCGUGGAGGACCUUAGCCAAAUAUCGAAUUCAGGAGCUCGAAAAGAGAACAUACCAUCGGUGGCUAGUCCAAAGUCCUCCGCAUAUGCUGUAUUUACAUCUGGAUCGACCGGCAGGCCAAAGGCAAGCGUCAUCGAGCACCAGUCUUUCCUGUCAGCAUCAGCCGCGCAUACCCAGGUACUUGGUCUUGACAAAAACGCUCGGGUCAUUCAAUUUGCCUCCUAUGCGUUUGACGCUAGCAUUGUGGAAAUGCUCGACACGCUUUUGGUCGGUGGCUGUAUCUGCAUUCCCUCCGAUGAAGACAGAAGUCAGAGACUGGGUCAUGCAAUCCGCGAGAUGCGAGUGAACUGGACUCUGCUGACCCCCUCUGUGGCACGCAUCCUAAAUCCGCAGCAUGUUUCGACCUUGGAAACACUUGUGCUCGGUGGAGAGGGUAUGACUAGGGAUGAUGUCCGUCGCUGGUCACCACAUUUACGCUUAAUGAAUGCCUACGGCCCUUCAGAAUGCUCUGUCAUUGCUGCGGCCCAGCCAUCCCCGCAAUACCUUUCACAAGAUGAGUCUAAUAUUGGACAGCCUGUUGGUUGUGUCGCAUGGGUGGCGCAUCCAAACAAACCAGAGAAGCUUGUACCUGUGGGUGCUGUCGGAGAACUGCUCAUCGAGGGUCCUAUUGUCGGUCGCGGUUAUGUUAAUCGUCCGGAGGCCAUGGCAGCGGCAUUCUUUCCACAUCCCAUCUGGUUAUCCAAGAUCCGUGGUUCCCCAAAGGGCCUCUUGUACCGAACAGGUGACCUUGUGAGGCGUCUUGUGGAUGGCUCUAUACAAUACAUCGGACGGAAAGAUCGUCAAGUCAAGUUGCGUGGACAGCGUAUCGAACUUGCCGAAGUUGAGCACCACGUUCAGGAGUGCUUCCCUAUCAACGAUCCCGAAGUCUUUGCAGAUUUGAUCACACCAAAUGAUGCCAAAGAUGCACACUUGGUUGCCUCCAUUGUUCAACCAGAAGACAGUGGCGACGUUCAAGACUUCGAGGCGGCCGUGGAGCAAAUGAAAUCACGUCUUCGGGCAGAUGUUCCAGCUUCUCUUAUUCCCUCUGCAUUCAUUCCUGUCUAUCAGGUACCACGAUUGGUGAAUGGAAAGAUUGACCGAAAAGAACUGCGCCAUGCAGCAUCUCAAGCGCUACGAGCACAGAUUGGUCGAGAAGCGACCAGCCACCACCUGCGACAGUUAAGAGAAAUGACAAAGGGGGAACUUGCAUUGCAAAGUUGCUGGGCUGAAGUUCUGGCUCGCCCUGCAGAGACGAUCGGACCUGACGACAACUUUUUCCGCUUGGGGGGGAGACUCGAUCGCAGCAAUGAGGCUGGCUGCCACGGCCACGACCUCGCACUGAAUUGCUCGCUUCCAGGGCCGAAGGAAUGGCCAAACUCCGAACCAAAAGAAUUGAAUGGUUCCGUGCCCCCAUUUUCAAUGCUCCCGGCAAAUCACCGGGAAGAAUUGAAAGCACAGGCAAUGGAACAAUGCAACCUCCCGAUGGAGCAAAUCGCGGACAUAUACCCCUGUACCGCAUUGCAGGCCGGUAUGGUAGCUUUGACAGCGGAGCGUCCCGGGUCAUAUAUCGCAUACCAUCGUUUCCGUCUAGAGCCAGAUGUUAACCUGUCUUUAUUGAAAACUGCUUGGGAGACGGUAGCAAAACACAACGGAAUUUUGCACACCCGAUUUAUUCAAUCGGAGUUUGGCUUUAUGCAGGUCCUGGUACAGAAUAUCGAGCUUCACUGGAUCUCGGGGGACAUGAAGGAAGAGAAAAAGUUACAUUGGAACGUUCUUCUAGGCCAGCCACUUGUGCAGUUCGAAGUCAUCCCGGUGCUGAGCGAAGAUCCCACUAAAGCUCAGCGACAGGAUCUGAUGAUCACCAUUCAUCAUGCUCUGUAUGACUCUUGGUCACUGCCUCUCCUUGUGCACCGUGCACAAGAGGUUUAUCAGGGCCAGAUAUUGGAGCCCUCCGACAUGACUCCAUUCAAAGAUUUUAUCAAAUAUUCCAUGUCCCAACAAAAGGAUGCGCUCAAACACUGGCGUCGUGAGUUCCAUGAACUUACUGCCGAGCAAUUUCCCACACUUCCCUCCUCAUCAUAUCGGCCUCAGGCUUCGAAGCAAACGGUACGAACGGUUGAGACCGGCCCGGUGAUGGAUGAAUGUGUCAGUCGAACCACCGCCAUUCGUUUCGCAUGGGCUCUUGUUCAGUCUCAUUACCAGAGUAAUGACGAUGUGGUAUAUGGAAUUGUGUCCCCUGGCCGAGCAGCAUCCGUCAAUGGCAUUGAAGGCAUGGCUGGUCCAACAAUAGCCACGCUUCCUUUGCGCGUGAAAAUCAAUAAUAAUGCGACCUUGGGCUACCUGAAAUUGCGGCCAUCAGGACCCGAGGCCAAGCAGGCCUGUUCAUUCCAAACCCUACUUGUGGAAGGGAGAGGAGAGGUUGAAAACUUGGGCACCGUCAAUGGUCCUAUGGAACCCAUGGGAACAUCAUCCGGGGAUUCUGCGUCAAACACCUACGCCAUCCAACUCGCCGUCAUGCUCAAGCCAAACAUGGUGACUGUUGCAGUGUCCACUGAUGAGACUGUCAUUCCAGCAUGGCAGGUGGAACAUAUGCUAGACCAAUUCAGCCACAUUUUGCAGCAGGUACACCGUCAUCCAGCAAAGCUGGUGCACGAAAUUGCUACACUGAAUGACAAAGGUGUCCAGCAGUUGCAAGCCUGGAACGUUGGAAUCCCAUCACGAUGUCCGGCAUCGGUCACUGAUGUGAUUUCUCAGCAUUGUGAGAGGCAACCAUUGAGUUUAGCCGUCUCGUCUUCCAACUUCAGUCUAUCGUAUAAAGAAUUAGACCUUCUUUCGAGCCAUACCGCUAGACUUUUGCGUUUGCAGGGAGUCUCAUCGGAGGUCUUCGUUCCAAUAUACUUGGAUCGGUCAUGCUGGACUGUGGUAGCGCUGUUGGCCGUGCUCAAGGCAGGGGCAGCCUUCGUCCUCCUGGACACCUCGCAUCCACUAGAGCGGCUUCGGACUAUAUGCGAAGAAGUAAAGCCUCCUUUCAUUCUCACAUUACCCGAGCAUCGUCACGAAGCCGAGGCUCUGUUCCGCAAUGUUGUGAUUAUGCCUCAGAGCAUCGAAUCCGAGUGUGCAUCGAUGCCAGAUUACAGGACGUCCCGUUUGGGCCCAUCUCGUGCUCUUUAUGCGGUGUUUACGUCUGGUUCAACCGGUAAACCCAAGGGAGUUGUGAUAGAGGACGGUUCCUUUAUGACAAUGACUAAAGAAGUUUCUCGUCGGAUGGGUAUUGGUCUAGGUGACCGCGUCCUGAACUUCUCUUCCUAUGCUUUCGACGUCAGUAUUUUGGAAAUACUCGGUCCAUUGCUUGCGGGUGCUUGCAUCUGCAUUCUGAUGGAGCCUGAGCGCAGAGGCCGGCUGACUGAGGCAUUACAAAGACUACGACCGUCUCACGCCUAUUUAACCCCGGGUGUAUUGCGCGCAAUGAUGCCAAACGAGUUGGGGUCACUCCGGACAAUCAUGCUCGGUGGAGAACCCCUUCGGCCAAGCGAUAUUAAGCAGUGGGUGCCACAUGCACGGAUCGUAUCCGGUUACGGUCCAGCGGAGUGCACGGUCACGUUUACUGUGCAGUCCCCAAUCAACUCCAGUUCCCAAGGCGGGAAUAUUGGUUUCCCGAUUGCAGGCGCCUGCUGGGUGACCGAUCCACGAAAUCCUGACCGAAUCGCUCCUAUUGGUGCUGUGGGGGAGCUUCUUCUUCAGGGGCCUCUCGUAGGUCGCGGAUAUUUGAACAGUCCAGAACAAGCAGCUACGAAUUUCAUCUCAUCUCCAACAUGGAUGCGACGUGUUGGCUUCGCCGCUGGUCGAGAGGAAGGCCGGGUGUAUCGAACAGGCGACCUUGUUCGUUAUGAGAAGGACGGAUCUCUCUCGUUCGUAGGACGAAAAGACCUCCAGGUCAAGCUACGAGGUCAGCGAUUUGAGCUCGCAGAAGUUGAGAAGCGACUGCAGGAGGUCUGGCCCGAAGAUCUGACAGAUAUCGUCGCUGAGAUUGUGACUCCGAUGGCUUCGAUAAAUUCCAAAUGCUUGGUUGUCUUUGUCGCUUCAAAAGCUGCUGAGACGGCUUCAUCGGUAUCCACCUCACCGAUCCCUUCCUGGAGAUCGUUGCCACGACCAACUUUGCCGCCCAAAUAUCGAGUGUCAGACGUCAACUUGGUGAUAUCCUUCCAGAUUAUAUGGUACCGUCUGCAUACGUACCCCUUCGACGGCUGCAGUCAUUGUUUGCUGAAGCCCCUUCAGAGAAGCGAGUGCCCGCCAUGGGGGAAGGAGCGGAAAUUGCAGCACAUCUGGGCGAAAGUACUUGAUAUUGCCGCCGACGAGAUUGGCCCUGAGGACAGCUUCUUCCAAUUGGGAGGUGAUUCCAUCUCGGCUCUCAAAGCCGCAUCCAGGGCUCGGGCAGCUGGGAUUGUGCAUUCAGUGGAGAAUUUGUUCCAGUGGAAAACAAUCAUGCGCAUUACCCAACAUGCUGCAACCGUGAACCCCGCCGAUAUCAAACAUGGGAUACAGACUGCAGCUUCUUCCUUGCGGUACCAUACACCCUACUCCAUGAUUACGGAUCACGAGCGUGCAGAACUUUUUGCUUCGUAUUCCACACCGGGACAUCCGUUGGUCAAAGAGAAUGUGGAAGAUAUAAUCCCGGCGCUCCCAUUCCAAGUCUUCUACAUAACCCACGCAUCGCCAGUCUCCAUGGCACACAUGUUCCCAGCGGCCUUGGACAUCGAUAGACUGAAACGCGCGUGCAGCCAGGUUGUGGCUCACCACAGCAUCUUACGCACAGUAUUUGUGGAGGCCAAUGGCCGGUUCUUCCAGGUGAUCCUCCGGGAAGUCGGGCCUCUGCUGAAUGUUGUUCACUGUGAUGAUCCAGAAGCAUAUGUUGCUCGAGAGUCCAAACAAAAGGGUCCACCCUCUACAGCCCAGGGUACAAUACCAGUCAGCUUCACUCUCGUGACUAGCCUCGUCAAACAAUGCUCUGCAUUGAUACUUCGCAUAUCCCAUGCGCAGUAUGAUGGGGCCUCCAUACCAUUGCUGUGGGAGACAAUCAAAAAAGCCUAUCAUAAUGAGCCUCUCACACCGGCUACGCAAUUUAAAGAUGUCGCCUAUAACCGAAUUGGUGAAAUGAACAAAGCCGACAUUUCAUUCUGGCGACGAUACCUUGAAGGUGCUCCGUCCGCUGCUCUCGAUCCCUUGAAUCAAACUGGAAAGGCACGGAUUUUGGACAAUGACAUAACCGAAAAGAGCCAAACGACAAUGCCCUCUCUUCCACCGGACAUGACUGUGUCAACGCUCGUGAAAGCCGCUUUCUCAUGGGUCCUGUUUGAGCAAACUGCGCAAUCGGAUAUCAUCUUAGGUCAGGUUGUUCACGGACGUGAGAGUUCCCCUUUGGACAUGAAUACAGCCGUUGGGCCCUGCUUGAAUCAUCUACCUGUUCGAAUCAGGAUUGAACCUGACUGGACGGUUGAGAAUUUCUUGCAUCAUGUUCAGGUACAGCAGCUACAAAUCACUGCCCAUGACAACGCAUCGUUUGAUGCGAUCGCAGAAUGUUGCACAGGGUGGCAAGCUGGCUCGAAAAUGGCUUGCCUUGUUCACCACCAAAGCGAAGAAGCCACAGAGCCCGUCGAGAUUGGUGGUGUUCGCUCGUCGCCUGGUUGCAAUUGGGCCAGCUCCAAGUUGGCGCACGGUCAGCUGGGUAUCAUUUCCGUGGAACACGGAUCCCAGCUAGAGCUCAUGGUCUCAGCUACUGAGGAGAACAUGGAUCAGCAUAGUGUUCAGUUCCUAUUGGAGAAGCUGGUUGCCACCAUUCAGUUGUUCUCGAAGUUUACCCAAUGCCGGUUAGCAAGGGUGGCUAGCAGGAUCCACACAUGA